CACCGUUACUGUAUUUUUUGUUUAAUAUUUAAGUCAUCUCUGUCAAAACAUAUAAUGACUGUGCAUAAAAACCAUCCAGAGGUUUUAAUUUUAAAUACAAAGAUAGCUAGGUUGAACGGUUUAAAAGAUUUUAAAAGGAGAGGAAUUUUUCAAUACAGCAAAACUGAAACUGCAAAAGAAAAUCCAGUAUAUCAAAGGGAAAGAUCUUCUUUGAAAAACAAAGGGUUAAAUUAUUGUAGCUUGUGUACAGCGUUUAUUUCAAAGAAAUUUUGGCACAAUCAUGAAAAAAAUUGCCAAAGGAGCACAGAUAGUUUUGAAAAAAUAGUUCCAAUACCAGUCAGUCUUCUUGGGAUACCUAGUUUGACAAUGGUAAACGAGGAGUUUACAAGCAACAUUCUGUCUCAUUUAAGAAAUGAUAGAAUUUCUAAUAUUGCUCUACACGAUAAAACAAUUCUAAAAAUUGGCUCUAUGCUUUACGAAAGGGAAAAGUAUAAUAAGAACAAAUUUGUUGUAUCAAGAAAAUGUCCAAAAUUCAAUGAGGCAAUUGAGUUCUCUAUAUGAUGUUUUUUGUCAGCAGGCAGAUGUCGAAAAAAUUAAUAACAGUUCAGCAGACAUGUUCGAAUGUUCAAAUAAUAGAACCUUUCGAGCAGCCGUUCGGUCCUAUACUACAAAAGAUAAAGAUGAUUUAAAAGCUGGAUUAAAACAAAGUUUGUGCUAUUUAAUAAUCAACUGUGUAAAAAUUCUUAAAGGAAUAUAUAAUGAAGAGCAAAACUCUGAUGCUGCUAAGCAACUUAAUUCUUUUUUCUCCCUAUUUAAAAUGUGGAAAAAAAGUAUGUUUAAAGAUGCCUCUAAUAAACUAAUACAAACAAAGCAUAGCAAAUUACAAAAACCUUCAUCGCUUCCUUUGGAAGAAGACUGUAAAAUAUUUAAAAGUUAUAUCUUAUCAAAAAUGGAGUUUUUUACUGCUAAUCCACUGUGGAUGGAGUCGUUUAUUGCAGAAAAUUUUGUGGAAUUAAGAGAUCUUGCAUGUGCUAGACUAACAUUUUUAAAUGCUAGGCGAGGCGACGAACCAGCAAGAUUAUUAUUAAGUCAGUACAAUGAAGCGGUUGGGGACGAAUACAUAGAUAUACAUCGUCUCCAUGAGUUUACUGAAAAAGAUCAAGACUUAAUAAAGUCGGUUAAAAUAGCAUACAUGGCAGGUAAAGGAACUCAUAGAGUUCUAGUUAUUAUUCUGGCGGACACUCUGAGGGCUUUAUCGAUAAUUUCUAAUAUAAAUAUAAGAAGUCAACAUUCCUAA